AUGUCUAACUGGGGAACCAAACACCAUCAACUGCUUGUUCUCCUUCCCACUGUGCUGAAAUCCCCACCUCUGAAAGUGCUUUCUCUCUUUUCGCCCUUGGAGCUCGAAAAACUCGACCACACGCACCAAUCCGUAUCUAUAGCCAUCAGCCACCUUCUCUCUUCCAGCAUGCUCCAGCAAGCUCAAUCUCUUGUCAUCCGGUUACUUACGGGCAAGAUCACGUCUCCACUGUUCACCAUUUCAUCUCUACUUUCGGACUUGACUCGUAAUUCACAGGAAGCCCUCAUGUAUGAAACCAUCAUCGAUGCUCAUGUGAAAGCCGAGCAGCCGACUGGCAGAGUCCUUUACCUGUUUGAUGAAAUGAUUGAUAAAGGGCUUGUGCCGAAACCAGUUACAUUCAAUGCAAUGCUGAAAAGUCUUAUAGAAGGCAAUGAUUUUGAAAAGGCAUUGUGGCUUUUUGAGAAAAAUAAGGGACGGUUUGGAUAUGAUGCAUAUACUUUCGGAAUUUUAGUGAAGGGCUGUUGCAAGAAUGAGAAUUUGGAUAGAGCAUUCAAAGUUUUGACGGAAAUGCGUGAAAUGGGAUUUAGUCCUACUGUGGUCGUGUACACUACGUUGAUUGAUGGCUGCUUCAGGAAGGGAGACGUCGAGAGGGCGAAAAAAUUAUUUUCUGAAAUGGGUGAUCUGGGCUUGGUUGCUAAUCAACACACAUACACUGUUAUGAUAAAUGGGUUUUUCAGGAAAGAUUUCAAUAAAUUCGGAUUUGAGCUUUAUGAGAGAAUGAAGAGUGAAGGGGUGCUUCCUGACUUGCAUACUUAUAACUGUGUACUCAAUGCAUACUGUAAAAAUGGCGAAAUGCACAAAGCGUUUGAACUCUUUGACGAGAUGAGUCAUAGAGGGGUGACAAGCAAUGUUGUGACUUACAACAUUUUAAUCGAGGGACUCUGUUUAAAGAGCGAAAUGAGAGAGGCUAAUCGAUUAGUGGAUGACAUGCGAAAGUUUGGUUUGAGCCCGAAUAUAAUCACUCUGAACUCGUUGAUAGACGGGUACUGUCGUGCUGGGAAGUUAAACAAAGCUCUAAGUUUGUUUGACAAUAUUAAAUCUUUCGGUUUGUCUCCUUCAAUAAUCACAUAUAACGUAUUGAUUGUGGCAUGCGCUAGAAAUCAGGAUCCUCAACGGGUUAUGGAGUUUGUGCGCGAGAUGGACGAGAGAGGCAUUCACCCCUCGAGGGUCACAUACACCAUACUUAUUGAUUUCUUUGCUAGAUCAAACAUGGACAAGGCACUUCAGGUCCUUGACAACAUGAAGAAAAAUAAUAUAGCUGCAGACGUUUGCACUUACGGAGCUUUGAUAAAUGGGUGGUGUAGCCAAGGAAAUAUGAGGGAGGCAUCGAAAUUAUUUAAAAUGAUGGCGAACAAAGGAGUCGAGCCGAAUGAUGUGAUAUACAAUACAAUGAUUUAUGGGUACUGCAGAGAAGGCAGCUCGUAUAAGGCGCUGAAGCUGCUAUGUGAAAUGGAUGAAAAGGGGAUGAGGCCUAAUGCAGCGAGUUACAACAUGACGAUUCAAGUGCUUUUGGGUGAUGGAAAAUGUGAAGAGGCUGAUAAUCUUCUUGCAGGCAUGAUAAAGUCUGGGAUAAGACCUUCUAAUAAUCUUUCAGUAGGGUGA